AUGUUAUGCUCUACCGAAGCCACUGAUGCUCCUGCAGAAUGCAAAGCAGACAGAAACGCCAGCGUAGCGCACAACCUUCCAUUGGAUGAUGAUAAAUCAAACUCCCCUACCGAAACUGAUAUCCAUUGUUCCCAUACCGAUCCAUAUGCCUGCCAGGAAGAAGGAGCCAAUGACCCUCUGAUUAGUUCCAUUAAGUUCCGAUAUCGAGGUUCCAGAAGAAGUCUGGACACAUCAGGCCUGUCGCGCCGGCUCUCUGAGCUAUUUCCCGAAAAUGAUCCCACUGCAGCCGAGACAGAGAAUCCUCAAUAGAAUUAUAGACCCCUGGAACAUGAACCACACAAAACCAUAUGUUAAAUUCUAGACAUUGCAACACCAACCGCUGUAAGAGAGCUAAUACUGGGGGAGACCCUGAUGACAGCUGAUUUACCACAUGAACAACACUCAUAUUGUCUGUCCAAAAGAGAACCUGUGUGUUUGCGUAAACAGAACCCCAUAGCUCCACUGCCACAAUCAUGGGAAACAGUUCCAAGAAGGUUAAGUUGUGGAGCAAGUCCUCACCAUUCCAUGUCGAAUGCUAUCGACCCGCACACCAGUGUCUCUGGAAAUAUGCACCGAACCCAAUAGUUCCUGAAGCGUCAGUGAACAGUUCCAGGAUGGAGUUGGCUACCGAUUCGGUACGCCAACAGGUAUGCCUAUUAUAUCCUGACAAAAAUUCGCUCCACACACCUAAAUCCACCUUUAAAUGACGCGUUAUGUGAAUGAAGUUGAAGGGGGGAUGAAUGCCCACUAUCGCUUAGGGAGAGCCACCGGCUAAAAAAUCAGACCCAUAGGCAUAACACAACAUGCAAAAUUUAAGUAUCCCAGGAGAGAUUGAAGUUGCCUAAGCUGAUCCUUUCGAGAACCCUUAACUAAAUCCACCGUGGACGACAAUAACUACAAUUUUUCCUCCGGAAGACCGAACUCAAGUCAGACCUGUCAUGAUUCACACCGUGCCAUCCAGAUGGCUAAGCGUGGCCAUUUCACGUGCCAAAGAGGGGAUUUGAACUGUGGUCCUUCUGUGCUAUAGUCCUUCGAUCUUGACUCCGGGCCACACAUCAGUUUUUAUUGCUGUAUCAUGUUUAUCCUUGCCUUGUCUCCAGCACUGGCGGCUGGAUUUUACCUGGGGCUGCUCCUAUCAAUCUCAUCCCACCUGAAGCCCAAUAAGCCAGGUAUAAGACACUGCCUCUCCCUGAGGGCAGUGUCAGUUCAUUGACUCUGGUUCCUGUGUUUGUGAUCCAGUGUUCUCCAGUUGGCUCCUGACCUUGGCUUAUUCUUAUUGUGUGUCCUGACCUCUGGCAUCCUCUGAUUUUGGCUUACCCUAGUUUAUGCUGACUUCUGGCACCCUCUGACAUUUGACUUAUCCUCAACGAUUCUUCUGCUUGUGCCUUUGCCUGUACUGUGACUUGGAGCAAUAUCCUGCACAGACUCACAGACUCACUGACUCACUUUCCGACCUUCUCCAUUCGAACUUCCGACUCCGGAAAGCCAACUGUUUGGUUCCCUUUGGGACUUUCUUUUGCAACCAGAGCCUGUGACGUCCGCGAAGGCUCCCGAACGGACGUCACAUACUUACCCCGCUGAUACUGGCGAAUGUCAGUUCACUGAUCAGAGCGUGCGGCUGCACACACCUCCAUCAUUUCCUGUGAAGCCGGAAGAGACGAGUGCGGACUGCGAGAUCUCUCCAACCAUCCAGUGCCAUCUAGUCGACUUGAGCUGCCAUCUUGGGGAGAAGGCCCAAACCUGGAUCCCCGAUGCCUGGAACAUCUUCCCCACCUCCUUCUUGCUCCGGAAUUAG